GAGAGAGAGAGAGAGAGAGAGAGAGGAGGAGAGCUCCGUCUCUCCCGGUGCACUUGGCAGUCUAGUUGCGGGCUGCUGUGCUGUUGCUGUCGUGGCGUGGCUGGUAGCGCCAGGCGGGGAACUUCACCACACUGGAGCCCGGAGUCCCACUCUCUCACCUGCGCAGUUCGGAGCUGCCAUGGGUCUCUCGCCUGGAUUUACUGUCCUAAUUAUUCUACCGGCCUUUCUGCUGCACACCAGCGGCCUCUACAUCGCCAGUAGCGUUGGCUCCCUGCAGCAUGUCCUGGGGGAGUAUGGACUGGUGAGACCGAUCAGUGUGGACGCAGAGGGCCGCUUCCUGUCACACGCCGUCUCGGCUGGCCACAUGGCAGGAGGGCAGUCCCGUAGGCGCCGGAGGAGGGAGGUAGGAGUAGGCAAUGAUGAGUGGGAAGAACCAAGAGCAGAGCCUGUGGCCCCUCGGGAAAGGCUUUACUACAACGUCACCAUCUUUGGCCGGGAGUUUCACCUGCGCCUGCAUCACAAUGCCAGGCUGGUGGCCCCCGGAGCCAAGAUUGAGUGGCGUGAUGACAAUGACAGCACUCGGCACGCCGAGCCACUGCACGAUGAAUGCUUAUACGUGGGUGACAUCACAGAUACACCAGGAGCCACUGUGGCUAUCAGCAACUGCGAUGGCCUGGCUGGUAUGAUCAGGAUCGAGCAAGAGGAGUUUUUUAUCGAGCCGAUCGAGGGGGCCGAUGGAGUGAUGGAAGAGGAGGACGAGGAGGGAGGAGGGGGAAGGACACACAUCGUCUAUCGCUCCUCAGCCGUAAAGAAAGCGCCCAUCAGCAGCGCAGCAGCAGACUACCACUCCAGAGGUGCUGAUCUCGGUGGCCUGAUGGACCUAGAGUCUCUGUACCGCGGUGUCCAGCAGAGCAUCAACCACACGCGGCGGCGAACACGCAGACAGAGCCUGGACAGGGCCUACAACAUCGAGGUGCUGCUGGGCGUCGAUGACUCGGUGGUCCAGUUUCACGGGAAAGAGCACGUCCAGAAGUACCUGCUCACACUCAUGAACAUUGUGAAUGAAAUCUACCAUGACCAGUCUUUGGGAGCAAAGAUCAGUGUGCUGGUGCGGAUUAUCAUGCUUGGCUACGGAAAGUCCAUGAGCCUGAUUGAACUGAGGAACCCGUCUCAGAGUCUGGAGAAUGUGUGUCGCUGGGCCUUCCUGCAGCAGAAGCAGGACACAGGCGACGCCGAGUAUCACGACCACGCCAUCUUCCUCACACGGCAGGAAUUUGGCCCCACGGGCAUGCAGGGUUACGCCCCAGUGACGGGCAUGUGCCACCCAGUGAGGAGCUGCACUUUGAACCACGAGGAUGGUUUCUCUUCUGCCUUUGUGGUGGCACACGAGACCGGACACGUGCUGGGGAUGGAGCACGAUGGCCAGGGGAACCGCUGCGGAGAUGAGGUCCACAUGGGCAGCAUCAUGGCUCCACUAGUACAAGCUGCCUUCCACCGCUUUCACUGGUCUAGAUGUAGCAUGCAAGAGCUGGGACGCUACCUUCACUCCUAUGACUGUCUCCGUGAUGACCCCUUUGACCACAACUGGCCGUCGCUGCCUCAGCUUCCUGGUUUGCACUACUCCAUGAAUGAACAGUGUCGCUUUGACUUCGGUGUGGGCUACACAAUGUGCACCGCGCUACAAAAGGCGGGCCAGUCUGGAACGCAGUAUCGCACAUUUGACCCAUGUAAGCAGCUAUGGUGUAGCCACCCAGACAAUCCCUUCUUCUGCAAGACCAAGAAAGGACCCCCUAUUGAUGGCACAAUGUGUGGGGAUGGGAAGCACUGCUUUAAAGGUCACUGCAUCUGGUUGACCCCGGACAUCAUAAAGCAAGAUGGAAACUGGGGUUUGUGGAGUGAGUUUGGGCAGUGCUCCCACACAUGCGGUGGAGGAGUACAGUUUCGCACACGCGACUGUGACAAUCCUAGACCAGCCAAUGGAGGCCGUCCCUGUGUGGGGACAGCUUACCAGUUCCAAAUGUGCAACACCAACGAGUGUGAGGAUAUCUACAGUGACACGCGAGAGGAGCAAUGCCACGCUUGGGACCCUCGCUUUGAACUCAACAGCAACAAGCACCACUGGCUGCCUUACGAACACUCAGAUCCUAACAAACGCUGCCACCUGCAUUGCCAAUCCAAGGAGACACGAGACGUGGUCUUCAUGCAGAGAAUGGUUCUGGACGGCACACGCUGCUCAUACAAGGACCCCUACAGUGUGUGUGUGCGUGGGGAGUGUGAGAAAGUGGGCUGUGACGGUGUGGUCGGCUCUUCAAAGCAGGAGGACAAGUGUGGAGUUUGUGGAGGAGACAAUUCCAGCUGCAAAACCUUCAAAGACACCAUCACGCGUACUGCCAAGAAACAAGGUUUCCUCAAAGUUCUUGAAAUCCCCAGAGGAGCAAGGCACUUGCUGAUCCAAGAGCUGAAAGCGACCUCACACAAUUUAGCUGUAAAGAACGUAGCAUCAGGACUGUUCUUCUUGAACGGGGAAAAUGAAUAUCCAGAAUCACGCUCGCUCAUAGAAAAGGGCGUGGAGUGGGAAUAUGAGAAUGACAAUGACAAAGAGACACUUCAGACCACUGGUCCUCUCAGACAUGGAAUUCUGAUCAUGAUGAAACUACAUGGAGAUGAGGAUGUGAAUUUGUCUUAUAAGUACAUGAUGAACAUGGACAGUGACUGUGCCAUUCUGAACAACAUACUGGUAGAAGACAGUGCCUACGAGUGGGCUCCAAAGAGAUGGUCGUACUGCUCCAAGCCCUGUGGUGGAGGAAAGCAGUACCUGCGCUAUGGCUGCAGAAGAAAAGUUGACAGUAAGAUGGUCCACAAGAGCUUUUGUAACAAAUCCAACAUGAAACCUCGAGGAGACACCAGAGACUGCAACCAGAAGCCCUGCCCUCCACCCACUUGGGUGACAGGGGAGUGGCAGAACUGCAGCAAACAGUGUGGAAAAACUGGGAUGCAAAUCCGCUCGGUCAGCUGUGUCCAGCCCUCAGAUGACAAUACCACACGCUCCAUCCACAAUAAACACUGUAACGACAACCGGCCCGAGGCACGCAGACCCUGCAACCGACACCCUUGCCCCACCCAGUGGAGAGUGGGGCCAUGGUCACAGUGCUCAGUGACAUGUGGUAAUGGAACCCAGCAGAGGCAGGCUCUGUGCCACACCAGGGACAACACCAUUGGCCUGUGCCUGGACAGUAAGCCCGAUACCAUCAGAGUCUGUCGCCUGGAUCCAUGUCCCAAGGGCUCAUCAGACCUCAACAAGAAUGGCAACAUCCUGAUCCAGUGGCUGUCCCGCCCCAACCCCAACUUCCCAAAGAUCUCCUCACGCCAGCGUUGUCAUGGAGACCGCUCAGUGUUCUGUCGUAUGGAGGUGCUGAAGCGCUACUGCUCUCUACCGGACUUCCAGCGUAUGUGCUGCAAGUCCUGCAGCAAUGUUACCAUCGCAGAGCCUCCAUCUAACUCCACCUCUAGAUCCACCUCCAUCCAACCAAGUGUUACAGCAACUCCACCCACCAGCACUCUUAGCUCUAGCUUUAUCACCAAAGCUGUCAUCACCACCAUUUCAGCUUCUACCAUCAAUCCCUGGACUCAUCCUCCUACCUCCACCACUGUUGUUCCCCAUUUCACCUCUUCCCCCCUAAAUGCCACACAAAUGAUCACCGCUCAUCCUCCAGCUGCCACCAGUGCUCCUGUCCCCCCCACUACCUUUUCCACCUCAGUUAUUACAACCCUUCCCAGCGUUACUGCUCACCCGCUGCCUCUGCCUACCCCAGAUAUAGACGAGAGCACAGAUCUACAGUUACAGAGCACUACAAACAGUCCCACACACCUUUCAGCAACAGCCAGUCCAACUAUGACAAAUCCAACAGAAAGCAGUUCAAAAACAGACACCUGGCUAAAAUCCAAGCCCAAAAACAAUAUACCACCAAAGAAACCCCCCAAAAAGAUAAUUCCACCUAAGAUCAAUCCAAAAAAGAAUACAGCACUAAAGAAUACUACAGGAAAAGGUUUUCCACCAAAGAGCAGUCCCAAAAAGAAAACAAAUGCUAAUCCAAAAAAAAAAGCAACUCCCAAAAAGAAUACUCUCAAAAAGACCACUCAAGCUAAUAUUACUCCCAAAAAGACCACUCCGGCAAACACAACUCCCAAAAAGACCACUCUGGCAAACAUAACUCCCAAAAAGAUCACUCCAGCAAACAGUACUCCUAAAAAGACUCCUCCUAUGAAGACUACUGUUAAAAAGACUCCUCCAGUGAAGAAUACUCCUGGGAAAAAUACAAAACCCACGCCCAAAAAGGAGGCCAAACCUAAAAAGAAUAUUCAGGUAAAGACAAAAGUUACUAAACAAACUCAAACAAAGUCAAAUCCCCAAAAUAACCCAAAACCGGGGCCCAAAAAUACCACAAACUCUCAGGCCAAGGUUAAUCAGAAUAAGGCCACAGUGAAAAAGACUAAUCCAAAAAAGAAAACACUUCAAACAACUUCUUCAGAUUAUACCACAGCUCCCACUCCAUACACAAGUCCAGAACAACAAAGAGAGUACUUUUCUUCCACUAUCUCGUCCAGCACUAGCGUAUAUGCGACAGCUACAGGCAUGCCUUUCUCCGAGUCCAGAAUCAAUGUCACGUACAUCAGUAACAACACAGCAGCUACAGAUGAAACUCCGCUCUGGUAUGAUGAUGCUUUAGCCACAACACCCAGCACUUUAGCCACAACACCCAGCACUUUUGAUGAUGUCAUUAAACCAACUAGAACCGUUAAUUUUGAAGAUGUCAACAUUGCUAGUGGAACCAUGCCAUAUAGUGAUGUCACAACGACCAGCAGCGGUGAUGUCACAGUAAGCAGCGGGACCAUUCUCAGUGGUGAUGACAUCACAGUGUCCUACGGCAAUGUGGGAGUGAUUAGUGACACCAUGGUGUUAGACGACAGCCUCACCAUGGUGAUCCCGACCAUCAACAGUGAGGAUAUGACAGACCUCACUUCCUCACCUUGGCUGGACCUGUCUGAGUACAUCCCUGUGAGUGUCCCUCUUCCUACGACAACCUCAGACCCUCCCACAGCCUCACCUCCCACCUCCGUCAAUCCAACAACAGAAAAACCAGCAAUCACAAUCAUCACCACCUCUACUGUAAGACCUCAACGAAAACCAGAGGAGAACAGUGAUAACAACUCCGUUGACAUCAUAUACAACAGGAUCAUCGGCGUAGACAAUGACAUCUCCCAGAACAACGUGAUCCCAAAGCGCCGGGUCAACCUUAGAGAAAGAACCAGGAACAAACGCAUUCAGGAGCUUCUGGAGGAGAAGAGGAACUUUCUCCUCAGGAUGAAGAGAGGCCACACAGCAUGAUAGACAAAGUCUUAACAUUUCUCUUAUGGAGAUGAACAUUUUCUUUACAGACUUUCAUAAGCCCUGUUAAACCCCUUCUGAUCUGCCAUGAUGCUUUCUAUCAGGCCUUUCCACCAAAAAAACCCUCUCUGCCAUAUCACUAUCGUGACAAUCAGGUCUGUUGCAGACAGAGAAUAGCAUGGCCAAAUGUUUGAACAGUUGCUUUGAGUAAAGAAAAGUCCUUUAGAGUACAGACUGUUGCUGAUAUGAAGCAAAUCGCCCCGCCUGUGUAAACACAAAGACGACAAACAGCCGGGAUGAAGAGUGUACAUCCAGUUUGACCAGCACUUUACAAAGCCAAGCUUUGACCCCCCCGCCCAAACCACCCAUAGUCUUAUUUCAGGAGUCAAUGAUAAUGUAGAUAAGGUGUAAUGUGGUUUUUAAAAUUGAUUUAUCCCUACUGGCACUUAUGGAGCAACAAAACAUACCACCUACAAUCCAAAUCUCCAUCUCCAUGUUCAGCUCAUUUCCCAACAAACAGAUUUAAUACUGCUAAUCCCUGAUUAAGAGCUACUGUAGGACGAAAUGAAAAUGUCUCCCUGUUAAGUCGCCAGCACCCUGAAUAACCUAUACAAACUGCAAAUUGGCGCUUAUGGAGGCCUGAAAGCAAUAUGUUAAUUACUAUCAGAACGUCAAAGUUUUUGGUUUAAUUGAUUUGUAAAGGUUUAACAUUGCCUGGACUGUGUUUCCAAAGCAAAGGUUUGUCUGAAUGCAUGGGGUCUCAUCUCUCAGGAAGGUCAGAUACAGUAUGGAAGACUAGUGAGGAACAUUGCCAACCACUUGGUGCUACCUGAAUUUUUAUGAUAUGUUUUGACAUGUAAUUAAGCUAGAUGGGAAAACAAAAUUCAAAACGGCCAGUCAAGCAUGGUGCAUUUUAUGUUAGUUUUGCUAAGAGCAAUGUCCCUUAUGCAUUCAUUUAUGUACAAAAAUACAAAAAUAUAACGACAACAAGCCCGUUUGUAUUAACUGUAUCCAAAUAGAAGCUUUGAGGGCCACUUUGUUUUCUUUUGUAAAAGUUGUAUUAUUGGUACAUCUCUAAAUAGUGAACAGCAGCUGCAAAAGCACCAACGGAUCUGUCUGUACGAUAUCUGUACAUAUGAAAAAGAACUUAAUGUUUAAUAUUUAUUAAAGUUUAAGUGCCUGUGGUAUUUUGCAAACUGUCA